CCGAGUUAAAGUGUCCUGGCUGAUAUGAAUGACAAUUUAGAAAAAUUACUUGAAUGUGAAAUUUGCCUCAUAAAGUAUGAGGAGCCAAAAGUGUUGGACUGUCAACACAUCUUCUGCAAACAUUGCCUGGAGAGACUGGUGACUCAAACUCGAGUCGGUAGACAUUACAAGAUCGCAUGUCCCGUAUGCAGGAAAAUAAGUAAGGUACCCAAUGGCGAUGUAGCAAACCUUCCGUCCAACUACCUCAUAAAUCGUCUGCUGGAUUUCAGAAGCACGGCAAAUUCCAAGCCCUCUUGUGGUAAUCAUGAGGGCAAAAUUCUUAAGCUCUUUUGCCUGACUUGUCAGCAGUUGAUUUGUCGGGACUGCACUUUAAUAGAUCACCGCGGCCACAACUACGAUUUUGCUAAACAUGUAUUUCCCGGUGAGAAAGAAAAGAUCUUAAAUGCAAUGCGGGAAUCAAACGAAAAGAUCCUUACUUUAGAAGCAUCCAUGGAUGAUUUCGAGGAGCAGAAGAAAAGUCUAGAUCAAAACGCAGAAGAGAUCAAGCAGAAAAUUGACGAUUUCUGCGAUGAAACGAUUCAGUUCCUUAAAAAAGAAAAGCAACGCUUGAAGGAUGAUCUGCAAGAAUCAGUAAAGACCCAGAAGGAGAAACUUUAUUUAGAGAUGAGGUAUUUCUUAGAUUCACUCGACUAUGUAAAGCAGAGACUAGGGGUUACAGAGCACAUUCUCGCUAAAGUAAGCGACGAAGAUGCUCUAUUGGCAAAAAAUGAAAUACUCAAACAACUUGAUGAUAUUAACUGUGUUUUACCCCAUUUAAUGCCAACCCCUCUGAUGAAAUAUGACUUUGGAGCCGAUGACAUGUUGGAUGUGAUCAAUAAAAUAGAAGCUUCUUCCCUGCAAUAAAAUUUGGAGAGAUUUGGUUUUGCGACUGAUUUGUGAUAAUUAGAAUGAUAGUGGCAGGAAAAAAACACUGAGGUUUUUCCUAAACAACAGCAAGUUAAUUAGAUUAUGGAUUCUACAUUCAAACUUGGUGAGAUAAUCAAAUUAAAUUUAUUCAUAUUGUAUUAGUGUCCCCAUUUAGUGGUUAUGUACUGCUAUUUUAGUCUGACACUUAAAUAAAGGUAUUCAUUCAUUCAUUCAUUCAUUCAAUAUGGUUUGUUUACAUGUAAAGGCAAUUAUUGUAAUUAUAGCUUCACAGAUGUUUUUUAAGUAAAAUAGAAUGUUUCAAUAGCUUUAAUCCUUCCUCUUCAAAAUAAAUUACUGUUUCUGGAAUAGAAUUAGAGGAAGCAGGUUAUAAAAACUUUUGAUUCAGCUCCUUAUUUGAAUACAUGAGUAGCAUUUGAUGUUUUCUAAUGAAACAGGAUGGGUCGGCUGAAGAUACCCCAUGAGUAGUGAACUUGACAGUAACAAAGGUGACUAAUUGAUAAAACUUGAGCACUUAGAAAUUAUACCUUAGCUUAAAACUUUUUUUUGUUCCGGGAAUUACAGUUUAAUGAGAUCAUUAAAAUGCCAGUCUCUAUACAGGAAUGCACCUUCCUUGACCUACACAGUCCUAAACAAUGAGAUAACUGAUAAAAAGGUUUGUGUGUUUGGAAGAACUACUGUAAGUGCAGUGGCACCUAGUGACAAAAAUUAAUAAUUUCUUGUAAGUAUGAAUGUAUGUAAGUUAUGUAAGAAAUUGACCCUUUUUUGAUGAUUGUGGUGUUUUUCCUUCAGAAUCUAGACUUUCAACUUUGUAUUAAUUGUAAAUUUUUAUCAUAUUUAUUCCUUGUACUUUAAGCCCUUAAAAUUUGUCGCAGGGGAGUCUGUUACCUGACUUCCUUUGUCUAUAAUUGUGUGAUUACAUCAUGAUGCAUAAAGUUUUCAGUACUGUAAAUGGUAACAUUGUAGUUGCCAGCAAUGCAAUUUGUAAUGCUACUUGGAUGGAAUUAAAUACUCGGACCCAAGCUCUAAA